AGCUGCCGGCCACGGCGGUCAGAUGGCGCUGGUCGAGUACAGCUCCAGCGAUGAAUCCAACGAGGAGGAGGAGGAGGAGCAGCAGCCGAUGCCGCCAGCAGUAGCGGCGGGCCGACCCGCGACGAAUCUGGCCCACCCGGUGUCCACUGUGGGUCCGGUGUCCGCUGUGGAUCCAGCGUCCGCUGCGGAUCCGGUGUCCGCUGUGGACCCGGUGUCCGCUGCGGAUCCUAUGCAGCAGCGGAGAGACAGCCCGGUUUCCGUGGCCAUGGUGGACCUUACUUCCGGCGCAGAGAACCGCAUGGACCUUACCGCCGAUGGGGUGGACCAGAUGGACUUUGCUAGCGGUGGAGGCGAUCACGUGGAAGUCGUCUCCGGCACAGCGCACGGCACUGCCGGUAAAGUGGACCUCGUGGACCUCACAUCCAGUGCAGUGGACAACACGCUCAGUGGAACAGAUCCCGUGGAGCUCACCUCCCCCGCGACGGACGGCGCCGGUGAGGACGGUGGUGGGCACAGCUCGGAGGACUCCGAGUCCGACUCGGACUCGAGCUCCGACUCCGACUCGAGCUCCGACUCGGACGGCCAGGAGGUCGCUGAGAAGGAGGAGGAGGAGGAGGAGGGAGGCGAGAAGGACAAGGCUCGGCGUGUCUUCGGGCCCAUGACCAAAGGAGAACUAUGCCUGCUGGACUUACCGGCCAUCGAGCACCUGCGCAUCUCGCUGCCGGAGGAGCAGUGCACGCGCGUGGGCACCGUGGCCAGCGUCGUCGAGUGUCUCGUGGUGGUACAGUCGACUCCCGGCUCGCCGCCGCUCGACAUCGACUCGGUGCUGUUCCUCGAGAGCGGCCGCCGCCCUCUCGGCCGCGUCUAUGACGUCAUGGGGCCGGUCCACCACGCCGCCUACUGCGUGCGCUUCAACAGCCCAGAGGAGAUCCGCGAGUUCGGGAUAGAGGUGGGCGCGGACGUGUUCUACGCCCCCGGCUCGGACGAGUACAGCCAUUACGUGUUCGUGGAGGCGCUGCGCAAGUUGCGGGGCUCGGACGCCAGCUGGUGGGACUGCAAUGAGCCGCCGGAGAACUGCCGCGACUUCUCCGACGACGAGGAGGAGCGGGCGCACCGGCGCCAGGCCAGGAAGCGGCCGUUGCAGGGAGGUGCGCCCCCGGCCGCGGCGGCGUCAUCGUCGGAGGGUGGGCCGCCCCGACCCGCGCGGGGUCGAGGUCGCGGUCGGGGUCAGCCGCAGCCGCGCCCGCCCUGGAUGCCGGCGCCGCCCCGUAACCCUUUCUACGGUCACCGGCCUCCAUCCAGCUUCGACUGGUACUACCCGUCACUGCCCGACCCCGCCUUCUCGCUGUCGGUCAUGGCGCGAACUGUCGCCCACAGCCUGCAGGGCGCCAUGGGGUUCCACCGCAACGAAACUGUGUACAAAACGUUGGUACGCAUGGAUAAUGUAUUCGACCUCUUCACGUCCAACUCGGUGGACUUCUUCACCGACUUCUUCCAUCGCACGAGCAAAAGGGAGCAGCUUAUGAGCUUCUCGAUGGGCAUUGUCGAAGCACAGACCGGCCUGCACAUGAAAAGCCGGGAGGCGCGGUUCUCCACCUUCUGGCUGCAGGCGCUGGGCGUGUUCUGCGCGCAGGGCCUGGCCGUGCGGCCCGAGCGAGCCUCGCAGCACAUCACGGCCCUGCUCGUCCUGCUCGUCAGCACCCUCGCCUACCAGUUCUACGCCGCCGGCUUCCUGGCUCACAUCACGCUGGAGCAGUCGCACCUGCCGCUGCUGCUGCUUCACAAGACUCUGGCGGUGCCGUUCAGGCGUGGCCUGCGCGAGUGGCGCGCGUUCGACCGCGUGCUGCUGCGGCUGGCCGAGGUGGGCGUGAUGUCGCGCCUGCGCCGUCGCUACCUGCCGCCGCGCCUGAUGAACGCGCUCCGCUGCGACCUGGAGCCGCGACCGCGCCAGACCGUGUCCACAAUCGGGCUCGAGCAGUGCCGGCCCGUGUUCGCGCUCCUGCUGAAGGACCGGAAGAAGAAGUGGGACCGUUGUCGCGACCAGGGCCUCGCCGCCGUCUGUCGGUGCUGA